CAAAACUGUAGUUCAUAGGGGUUUUUUGCUCGAUUAUCACACCGAACCAUAUCUACCGAUUCUCAAAUUUUUAGAUCAGUGUCUGGACUAUUGAUUCGCGAUUCUGAACCAAUACGUACGGUUGGAUUCGAUUCGAUUCGGUUCCUACUGGUUUAGCGGUUCAGACCCACCCAGAGCCCUCUGAUACCAUAUCCCCAGUCUAACCCUCGUCCCUUCUCUCUUCACCCCUUCGCAUCCUCUCCCCAUGCCUCUUUAGAAUUUCUGCUCUCUCUCUCUCUCUCUCUCUCUCUCUCUCUCUCAUGGCAGUUUCUUUCCACACCCCCACUUCUACCUCAUAUCUCCACUCCGGUAUCGGGCUCCCUCCCCCCAGGGUUUUUGUGAGGUUUAAGCAUCAAUCUCCUGGUCCUUUUUGCGUUGGAAAACCUAAUUCUCAGUUUGCCUUCCGUACUAAAGUCAUUAGCAGCAACCAAUCCCGGAGCAGUGGCCGUAAACCAACACGACGACUCGUCAAAAUGAUGUUGGAAAUGGAAACACCAAUGAUUAAGCGUAAAAUUCCCGGGGGAGGCACGGAGUCUGUGGAUUUAUGGAGUUUCCUUGAAGGUGAACGAAUUUUCGUCAUCUGUGAGGAUAUAGAUGAAGACUUAAGCGACGAGUUACAGACAUUAUUGUUACACUUUGACAGUCAAAAUUCUGACAAGCCGUUCUUAUUUAUCUUUGACUGUCUAGGUGGAAAUGUUCAUCCAUGUCUGCAAAUCUAUGACACACUGCAGUACUUGGAAUCUCCUAUUGCCACCCAUUGUAUCGCCACUGCUGCGAAUAUGGCAGCCUUUCUUCUUGCAGCUGGAGACAAGGGUAAGCGUUCUGCAUCUCCUCAUUCAAUGAUUGUGCUGCAACCUCUAGCUGGGGCUGUCGAUGGUCAGGCUGAUGACGCUAUUAAUGAAGUAAAUGAGCUUAUCAGAGUUAGAGAUUACCUUUUUAACCAGUUGUCUAUCAAGACAGGCCACCCCGUUAAGAAGAUUCAAAAGGACUUGGCGCGUUCAAGAACUUUCUCUGCUCAGGAGGCUCUUGAAUAUGGGCUCAUUGAUCGCAUAAUUCGGCCCCCUCGUCUCACUCCAGACCCAUCAAAAAUAGUGGCUUCUGAGCUCAAAUAUUAAUGAUAGCACAAGUGUCUUUUGGUGAUCAAUUGAUUAGGGUCUGAAAUCAAUGAAUCGGAAUCAACGGCUCCAUUGAAGCUUUCUUCGAGAACCGUGUGUGAACUGUCGUGGUAGUAGCUAGGAAUCAGCAGUGAUUGUUACGAUAUUCAACUGACAUAUAUUUGAUGAAUAUUCUUGAGUUUGAAUCAAGAGUUGUACUGUGUUAGUACUA